AAAGAUUAUCUCUUUCAUUCCCUAUUUGGAGUAGAAAAAUGUCCUUUGCAGAAGAACCGAGUGGAUAAACAUAGAAACUUUUCUCCCUUUUUCUCUUCAACCCAAAUCUCGAUCUACAAUUAGUUUUCAUUUUUCUUCGUGUUUAAUCAAUCAAAUUUAUUUUCGAUGUGCUAAUUGAUGUCUGAUUGUUAAAUUUCUGGAUCGGGAUCGAACGAACCUCGAUCAAUCUGUUCCCUUUUGUGUUCAAGGUCAUUUGGUUGGGGUAAACAUGUCUCAUCAACAAGAGGAUGAUGCUGAUUACAUGGCAAACGAGUAUGACAUGGAAGCUAUGGAUGAUGAUAUGGAUGACGAGUUCCAUGGCCGAGAUGUUGGUGGCUCUGAUUCAGAUGCAGAUGAUUAUGACUUCACGAAUAAUAAAAUGCAAGAUACCUCUGCUGCUGAGGCAAGAAGAGGUAGAGACAUCCAAGGGAUUCCAUGGGAAAGGCUUAGCAUAACCAGGGAGAAAUACAGACAAACGAGAUUAGAGCAGUAUAAGAACUAUGAAAAUAUUCCUCAAUCUGGGGAGGCCUCAGAGAAGGACUGCCUAGCAACGAAGAAAGAAGUUUCAUACUAUGACUUCAGACGUAAUUCAAGAUCUGUUAAAUCAACAAUUUUACAUUUCCAGCUGAGGAAUUUGGUCUGGGCAACCUCCAAGCAUGACGUGUACCUUAUGUCACAUUUUUCCGUCAUUCACUGGUCAUCCUUGACCUGCAGCAAAAGUGAAGUUCUGAAUGUAUCAGGGCAUGUAGCACCAUGCGAGAAACAUCCUGGGAGCCUUUUGGAAGGAUUUACACAAACUCAAGUCAGUACUCUUACAGUGAAAGACAAGUUGCUAGUUGCUGGGGGAUUUCAAGGAGAACUAAUUUGCAAGUAUGUAGACAGGCCUGGUGUUUGCUUCUGUUCCCGGACAACAUAUGACGAUAAUGCUAUUACUAAUGCUGUUGAGAUUUAUAACACCUCCAGUGGUGCACUUCAUUUUAUUGCUUCGAAUAAUGAUUCUGGAGUUAGAGACUUUGAUAUGGAGAAGUUUCAACUGUCCAAGCAUUUCCGUUUUCCAUGGCCAGUGAAUCAUGCAUCACUGAGCCCCGAUGGCAAGCUUAUUGCAAUAGUUGGGGAUAAUCCUGAAGGUUUAUUGGUUGAUUCCAGGAACGCAAAGGUUGUUUCACCUUUGAGCGGACAUAUUGACUACUCAUUUGCGUCAGCAUGGCAUCCUGAUGGCCUAACUUUUGCAACUGGCAACCAGGAUAAAACCUGCAGAGUAUGGGAUAUACGGAACCUGUCGAAAUCAGUUGUUGCUCUGAAGGGUAACCUUGGAGCUAUUCGGUCAAUCCGCUACACAUCUGAUGGAAGAUUCAUGGCAAUGGCAGAACCUGCAGAUUUCGUUCAUGUUUUCGAUGUAAAAAACGGCUACGAGCAGGAGCAAGAAAUUGAUUUCUUUGGUGAGAUAUCAGGUCUGUCUUUUAGUCCUGAUACAGAGUCCCUUUUUGUCGGAGUCUGGGAUCGCACAUAUGGUAGCCUUCUUGAGUUUGGACGGCGGCACAACUACUCAUACCUUGAUACAAUUAUGUAAACAAUCUCUUGAAUGCUGCUUUGGGUAUGUUUACUUGGCUUGAAGUGGCGCUGGCUCAACUUUGUAAAACGAGUAGCAUAGUCAGGAGUUAGUAGUGGAUUUGGCUGUAAAUUGGUCAUGUUGUGCAAUUUAAGUUUGUCACAUAAAUUGUUGUGCACCAUUUCUAAGUAUCAGAAGAUGUAGAAUGGAGGAAUGUAUAAAAGAGGGAGAAACUCCAGUGAUGUGAGCAUGAAAAAGUAGCGUUGUUUCCAUAAGGCAUAGGCCAGAAACUUGAUCUUGUUUUGUGGUGGGGUGGGUAGGGUUCUGUUCAUCAUCACAUCAUGUAUUGGGAUCUUAAAAUCAUUCUGAAAGUUGACUCAACUCAUCUGCAUUUGUCUACUAAGUAAUUGAUUUACAGUCUCUUUUAA